AACUAAAUUACUGUUUUCUGCUUUUCUAAUCAUUAAUUUUUUUUAAACAUGAAGUUUUCCAUUUUUAUUACAUUUUCAGAACAUAAUUUAGCUUAACAUGGACUCGUCCGAAAAUAUAAGGUUUACUGCUCCGCGGUUGUCUUUGCCUCUUUUUAUGAUAUCAAGAAAUCGAAUAAAAUUUGCAAAAAUUAAUAGUUUGAAAAAAUAUAUAAAGAAAAAUAUCCAUAUAUAUGGGAAACAUAUUGAUCCAGAAUUUGAAAGAGCAACUAUACAAUAUUUCCAACAUGUCGUGGGUAUGAAAAAAUAUUCCUCGUCUAGGACAAACCAUCGGAAUUUAAAUGUUACUGCGAAAUGCAGAAUAACAGGUUUAGAAAAAUCCUGGUAUUUACCACCCAGUCGUUAUGAUACGAGUAAAAAACCAUUUGACAGCAGGUGUGGAAUGGGUGGUGCAUACUGGCCUAAAAGACAUAUUCAUCAAGCAAAACCUCGACCAAGUUUCCGUCAACCACUUAACAGUUUCUACAACACACCGACUAUAACUGAGAGACUUUUCGCACCUUGCCUUAGGACAAAAGGAGUUUUUCUAUCAAAUGCCCGCGAACGACGUGCUACAAGCCGAUGUAUGGUUAGUAAUAUAGGGACAUGUUACAAAAAUCCUUCAGAACCUGGUCCAACAACCUAUAACCCAUCUUGUAAAGAACAUACAAAUAAAAACUUAUCAUCAAAUGUAAAAAAACCGAAUCCACAUUUGUUUUAUAGAUUAUCAACGGUACCAGUGAAAAUAAAUAGUAUUCAUACACGUCAUACAAGCUUCACCGGCGCACCCGGCCGUUAUGAGAUUCGUUAUCCCAAUAUCUGUCCUUGCUCCACAAAACUUGUUUAUCAACCUCAAAUCAAUCUUAUAAUUGAAAAAGAGAAGCGUAAAAAAUUUCGCCGUUUACCGUAUCAAGCAAUUAAGACAAGAUGCUUUACAUCACCAGAUUGGAGACAUGUAAAAGGACGAGGGUUUCGUCAUCUCUUUAAAGGAGCUAAGCUCAUCAAACUAGCUCUAUCAGCUCAAGAGGGCAAGAAACUAAAAAAUAUUCAACUUUAUCCAGAUUCAAAAUAUAUUGCAAUGAUAAACAAUCCUUUGCGGACACCGCUGUUUUUAAGACCAAAUUACAUAUCGACUACAAAGCCACAGAUUAAAUUUAAUUGCAUUGCAAAGAGAGUUACACGAAAACAAUUGAGGAAUAAUAAAAAGAUUGCAUUUAGUAGCACCCAAGAGCGUUUCCGUGAUAGUUAUCGUUUACCCAUUCUAACUCUGAGCCAACAAGAACAACUCAAACAGUCCCUGCCAUAUGAGCGUCAAUUUCGAGAUCAUCCUAUUAUGAAUAAACUGCCAUCCGAUAUAAAAUCAAAACUAUACCAAACACCAAAACACAUGCAACUUAAUUAUGAGCCAAAGUUAAGAAAAAAGAUAUUCAAAUUUCAAGCGUUACCUCAAGCCAAAGUACUGGUAACAGAGAAUGAUACAAACACAAGUGAAGCUGGAAGAGAAGGCUAUUACUUGAAAAUAUUAGAAGCUAAUGAUUUUUUUAAAGAUAAAAUUUAAUUAUGAUGUAUAUGUGAUUUCGUUAACAAACCUUUUUGGCCAUUUUGAGCAAUAUCUAACAGGGCAGA